AUGGGCGAGACCACUUCCUUGGACGAGACGCUUCGCGAGCUGCAGGUGAAGCAGUCCGAGCUAUCUAAAACGUUCAAAAAACUGCAAAGAUUAGGAGUAGAAGGCGAUUACGAACUGCCUCAGCUCGUUAUUUUCGGGAUGCAGUCUUCUGGGAAGAGCUCUGUCUUGGAGAGAAUUUCUCGCGUCCGUCUUCCAACGGACAACACGCGUUUCGUGACGGAGAUUGUGCUGCACCGGUGUCUCUCACCUGAGGCGAAGAUCACAUAUGAGUCUGGACUCUCAUCAAAAAGUGGACAGGAAACUCUUUUCACCAGAGGUGUCGAGCCAGAAGGCUUGGCCGUCAGCAAUGAGUUUUCAAUGAUUGAGAAGAUUCAUAGGGACUUCUUGGAGGAGAGGGCCAAUGCAACGCCGAGAGACUACGUGCUUAAAAUUGAGCUUGCCGGUUCAAAGUAUCCUGACAUGAUUUUGAUAGAGCUUCCAGGACUUCGCACCUCUUCUGGCAACGACGAAAGCUCAGAAGAGGAUUCUUUCGUUCACGACCUUGCCGAGAAGUACAUGAAGAACAAGGCCAGUCUUAUCCUGGCGGUAAUCAGUGCGAAGAUUGAUUACCAACAACAAGAAAAGGGUUUAAAGUUGGUUGAACGUUUUGAUCCCACCCACGAAAGAACUAUUGGGAUUGUUACACACACAGACACACUUCAGCGGAACUCGGAGGAGGAGAACACCUUUAUUGAGCUGGUUAAGAACGAGAAAGCUCAGUUGAAGCUCGGUUGGCAUGCUUUGCGGAACGGACCUUCCCAUGACCGAUAUAAUUCGGAGGAUCUCUGCAGCAAAAAGGAGAUGGUGAUCUUAAGGAUUGGUUCCUGGGCUGCACUGCCCAUGUCUUGCGUUGGGCUGGGCACUCUUCAGACUCGUCUGAGCCGGGCAAUCUUCGACCGCAUGAAGCGGUAUAUCCCAGACAUGGCCAGGAAUGUUGAAAAAAUGAUCUCGGAAAACAAGGCAAAACUGGAGAAGCUCGGAACCCCGCGCGCAACUAUCCAGGAGCAGAGAGCUUACCUGCUCGGCAUCAGUAGCAAAUGUGAGCGAAUCAUGGCUCAGGCAUUGGAUGGCACGUACAGUGAUGGUUUCUUUACUUCAGAAGCCUGCAGCGGUGCCCAUGAUUUUCGCAAAUUGCGAUCCGUUAUCCGAGACCUGAAUGAUGACUUCGCCGAAGCCAUGGAGCUUCGAGGCGCCCACCGCAUAAUCAUCGAUUCGGAUACUGAACGUCGCACUAAAGAGAGCCUCAAGGGAGAUGCCAAACCUUACCUUCAUGACUGGGAGCCAGUCUAUAUCACUCGAAAGGCUUUCGAGGCAGAAGUGGCUGAGCAAGCUCGCAGAAGCCGCGGGGUGGAAAUGCCUGGCCAUAUCAACCAACGUCUUGCCGAAAGUCUUUUCCGUAUUCAUUCGAAGCCUUGGGAAGAGAUCGCGAGACGACAUGUAAUGACGGUCGGGGAAGUCGUCGAACACUUUGUGCAUUUGCUCUUUGAAUAUCUGACAGACGACCAGGCUUUCUCCGCUCUCUCUCGUUCCAUCCUCGACCCGGCCUUAAACAAGAUGAAGGAAAUGUUAUUGGGAAAACUUGAGGAAUUGACCGCGUUCAUGAAGCGAGGCCAUCAUUCACUGAUUGGCCGGACCUACCUCACCCAAAUACAAAAGUCUCAAUCAAAGCGUCAGUUUCAGGAUCUUACGAGAAGGCUCGGCCUUCCACUCAACCCUAACCAAAAUCCACCCACAGUGACCAUUUCACUUGGAGACCUGCGAAGAGCGACAUCGAGCCCCGAGACUUCGGCCAGUCAGUUUUCUGCUGCUGAGAUCGUUGACGAGAUGCAGGCAUACUACGACCUUGCAAUUGUGGUCUUCAUGAACAAUAUUGCGAAUCUUGCGAUAGAAAACUGCCUUCUUGGGCCGCUAGAAAGUAUCUUCACAAGCGUCACUGUGAUCAACAUGGACGACGAGCACAUUCAGGACCUUGCUUCAGAGACUGCCACUGUCCGUGAGCAGCGCGAACGCCUCAGUUAUCAGCUAGGGAAGCUUCAGACUGGCCUGAGCACACUGAAGUCCUAUGAUUCUACCCAACCUCGCCCCGAAGUGCAUAAAAGGUCGACUUUUAUCAAGGAUUCGGUAUUCUCCCAGUACUCCAACAGGAAACGAGAUCACUCCUUGACUACCGAAAACAAGGAUAAAGGAGCUCCAUUCAUCACUGGACCGCCAAGCAGUGUCGCGUUCGAAAGUACUGCGUUCUCGUCAAGUAGCACUGCCGCAGGGUUUUCCAAUUCCAGCACCUCUGUCACCUUUCCUCCGACUCGUCCAUCUGGUACUCUGACCAAUACUCCUGCCGCCCCUACACUUGGCAGCUUCUCUGGAAAUGGAUUUGAGGGGUGGAGAUCUGCGAAGAGUGGCUUUCACGAUGCCUCCAUAGGGGGCAGUUCUAGCAGCAGCAUUUCUCAGGCUGCGAGGCCCUCAUCUACACCAACACCCAAGUCUUCUUCCGUACAACCAACAACUAAAUCCCCUGGCACUGGAGAGUUGCUAUCGCAGCCGACGCCAUCAGGCGAAAAUACGUCCUCGUCUUCUUCCAGCUUGCAUCAAUCAAAGGGCACCUUGAAGCGCCAACAAGGCCAGCAGAGUUCUACGAGCGUGCCGGAAAAGAGAAAUAAGACUGAGUAG